AUGUUGGCAGGGCUAGCAACCGGCCUAGAUGUGACUGGCAUGAGCAAUAGCGAGCUAAGGCAGUCGGCAAAGGAGCUGGUUGACGGAGCUGGCAGCUUAGGCGAACUUGCGGGCGGAGGAGCGGAGUCGACUGGAGCUAGACUCACGAGGGACGGUUCGCGGGCGGCUGGCACCACUUCAUCUCAUGGUGCAGGCGUUUCUGCUUCCUUCACUUCUUUCUCCACUAUCCACGUGACUAAGAAUAAGGAUGGACCAGAGGCUCUCCUGAAUUGGAAAUCUACUCUUGACAAUCAUAGCCAGUCUCUCCUCUCUUCGUGGCACGAUGACAAUCCUUGCAGCUUUACUGGUGUUGCUUGUGACGACUUUGGAGCCAUUGCCCAUCUAAAUCUUUCCUAUCUCGGUUUGAGAGGAACUCUAGAUGGCCUCGACUUCUCAUGCUUAACCACUGUGAAUGGAUUUUCGGGACCCAUACCUUCAGAAAUCUGGAGGCUCACUUCUCUUAUUAAACUUGGCAUGUCAUCCAACAUUCUUAGCGGCUCAAUUCCUAGUUCCAUUGGAAACUUGACAAGUUUAUCUUUUCUUAACCUCUUCCGAAAUAGACUUUCAGGACCCAUACCUUCUGAAAUUGGGAGGCUAAUUGCUCUUACAUAUUUAUCUUUUGAGGAUAAUAAUUUGAUCGGUCCUGUCCCUGCUUCACUAGGGAACCUGAGCAAAUUGAUUCAUCUUCUGCUAAAUGAAAAUCAACUUUCAGGGCCUAUACCUUCAGAAAUCGGGAGGCUCACUUCUCUUACUGAACUUCGUCUAUUUGAAAACAAACUCACUGGCUCAAUUCCUGCAUCAAUUGGAAGCUUGGCCAAUCUAAUUCAAUUGGACCUUGGCAACAAUAAAUUCUUUGGUUCCUUGCCUUAUGAAUUCAAUAAGUUAACACGGUUGACUCUUUUGGAGCUAUAUGAUAAUGACCUAGAAGGGGAAGUGCCAGAAACUGUAUGUCUUGGGAGAUCAUUGCAAUAUUUCUCUGUCUCCAAUAAUCAUUUCACGGGUCCCAUCCCCACGAGCCUAAAGAACUGUAGCACAUUAAUCAGAUUGAGGCUUGACAAAAACCAAUUCACUGGAAACAUAACAGAUGCUUUUGGAAUAUAUCCGCAUCUAAAUUAUGUGGACUUGAGCCACAAUCAUUUGAGAGGUGAACUUUCAUGGAAAUGGGAGCGUUGUCAUAAUUUGAUGAGCUUAAGGAUAUCAAACAACAACCUCUUUGGUGAGAUACCCGUAAUAUUUGGAAAGAUGGUUCAAUUACAGUUAUUGGACCUUUCUUCAAAUAAUUUAAGCGGGGAGAUUCCGAGGGAAAUGGGAAGCCUAUUAAUGUUGUUAGAACUCGACCUAAGCAGCAACGCCAUCACGGGAAAUGUCCCCAUUGAAAUUGGGCUUUUAUCUCGUUUGAUGCAUCUAAACCUAGCAUCAAACAAUUUGAGUGGAUUGAUACCGGUGAUGCUAGGCUCAUGUAAAAGCUUGUUGAGCUUGAACUUAAGCAGGAACAAAUUUCGGAGAAGCAUUCCUCUUGAGAUAGGCAACACACAAUUUCUUGAGAUUCUUGAUCUGAGUUAUAAUGUUUUGUCUGAACAUAUACCAGGAGAGCUUGCAAUAUUGAGAAACUUGGAAAUUCUAAAUAUCUCUCACAAUAGCCUAUCUGGUUACAUCCCACAUGCUUUUGAUGAUAUGUUGGCCUUGACUUCUAUUGAUGUAUCCUACAAUGACCUAGAAGGUCCUCUCCCUAAUGUCAAGGCUUUCAAUGAGGCUCCAUUUGAGGCAAUUCAGCAUAACAAAGGGCUUUGUGGUAAUGUUGUUGGUUUACCGAACUGCAAUUCUAUUGGGAUCAAGAAACGUAAUAAACAUGUUGAAGCUAGAAUCACAAUUAUCCUCAUUAUCUCGUUGUUGGGGUUUCUCUUUCUUUCUUGCACCUUGAUUGUUGUUGUAAUCGUCAAUCAUCGUCAAAGAAGGAUUACAAAGAGAAAGAAUAAUGAACAGACAAAUGAUUUGGAUUUCAUGAGUAUUUUGAGGUAUGAUGGCAAAGUUUUCUAUGAUCGAAUCAUUGAGGCCACGGAAGGAUUUGACUCCAAGUACUAUGUGGGUGAAGGAGCAUAUGGAAUUGUUUAUAAAGCCGAGAUAUCAGAAGAUCAAACGUUUGCUAUCAAGCAAACCUUGUCAUCCCAAGAAGAUAUUGAGAUCGUUGAUUUGGUAUCAUUUGAAAGGGAAAUUCAAGCCUUGACAAAUAUACGUCAUCGAAACAUUGUGAAAUUUUAUGGCUUCUGCUCCCAUCCUCGACGCUGUUUUUUGGUGUAUGAGUACAUGGAAAGAGGAAGCUUGAGAACAACUUUGAAAGAUGAUCAGAGAGCAACAGAAUUUCAAUGGGAUAAGAGGAUAAGUGUGGUUCGAGGAGUUGCGGAUGCGUUGUCCUAUAUGCAUCACGAAUGUUCUCCUCCGUUGAUUCAUCGAGACUUGACCAGUAACAACAUUUUAUUGGAUUGUGAUUAUGAGGCUCAUGUUUCUGAUUUUGGCACUGCAAGACUUUUGAGGCCAGAUUCAUCAAACUGGACGGCUAUUACUGGUACUAUCGGGUAUAUUGCUCCAGAGCUAGCUUAUUCUAUUGUUCCUACCGAAAAGUGCGACGUAUACAGCUUUGGAGUCAUCGCAUUAGAGACAAUCAUGGGUAAGCAUCCAGGAGAUCAUGUCUCUCGAGAAUGUUCAUCGUUCGCCCAAGCUGAGUCAACGAUGUUGAAGGAUGUGUUGGAUCAACGUCUCUCGCCUUCUAGACUUGGCCUUCAAGAUGUGCAGGACGUGGUCUUGAUCGCCAAACUAGCGUUCAAGUGCUUGCAAGACGAUCCAAGGCUUCGACCGACCAUGGAACAAGUCUCACGUGAGCUUUGCUUUCAAGUACCCCUAGAUAUGCCACUCUCUGCAGUCAGCUUAGAGCAACUUUGUGAUCUCAAUGUCAAAAAAUUUGGAGCAUUUCAGGAGAUGAGCUAGCUUCUCUAUGAACGUCAUAGGAAUAGUGCGAUGUUUAUAGUUUGAAGUCAUGGUACCAGAAAUAAUUAUGCGAAGACUUAUGGGAAGGUCCCAUUUCACAAUUAUUUCCAUCCUUUUACCGAGUGAUCAUGAAGUGAAUUUGUAAAAUGCAGUGGAUCAACAUCUCUUACCUUCUCUGAUAUGAGAUGUAAAGAACAUGUGGUUUC